GGCAUGACAGAUUUUAUCCCUGCACUUCAAACCUUUCUUCGCAUGAAUCUUCUGCACAACACCCUUGUACCAGGCAUUCAGAACCAUUUUGAUAUAUAUCAUCAACUGGUCAUUGUGAUGCCACCUGCUUUUCAAGUUAGUGAUGCACCAAUGUGCAGGCGCAUUCGAGCGACACCAGAGAGACUUGCAUCAGAAUGGAAACCAGGUUGUCCUGCUCAUUUUGAUAUGGCGUUGAUAUCAGAUGUUUCACAGCAAUCUGAUCAGUCUGCUGCAGGUCUGCAAGUGGCUCAAGUUCGUGUGAUUUUCUCACUCCCUCGUCAGUUUGGCAAAUACUCAAGAGCCCUCACUUACACAGAGUGGUUUACUCCAUUCAGAUCACUGGACCCUUCAUCUGGAAUGUGA